UCGCUACUGAAGACUUCCGGGUUAAAGAAUGAACGCGAGUGCGGUGCACGUGAAGAACGCGGACGCAUCAUGGAUGACGAGUUUUCUGCCGAACUCCAAAAUAAAACGAAGAAACUGAAGAAAAAGGCGAAAAAACAAAAGAAAGAAAGCAAAAUAGCAGUACAAAAUGCCGAACAAGACGCUAAUGAGCCGGAAAGUGUUGAUAGUGCCUCAGCGCCGGUGUUUCCGCCAACGUUUAGUGUGUCGGAAAUAAAAAACAAACAACGGAGACACCUUAUGUUUAUGAGAUUGAAGCAGGAGAAGAGAAGGGAAAAGUUGUCAUUGAAGAAGAAAAGGCGAAAAGAGAGAGAGGCCCUUGGUGAUGAGGCACCUCCAAAGCCAGUUCCCAAAACAAUAGAAAAUCAGAGAGUCUAUGAUGAAACCACAGUGGAUCCUGAAGAUGAAGAGGUUGCAUUUGAUGAGGGAACAGAUGAAUUUUCAGCUUACUUCAACCGUCUGACAAAUCCCAAAGUUCUUAUCACAACCUCAGAUAGACCAAGAGGGAGGACAGUGAGAUUUUGUCAGCAACUUGCCACAAUCAUACCGGAUUCACAUGUUUAUUAUCGAAGAGGUCUGGCUCUGAAGAGGAUUAUUCCACAGUGUAUAGCCAGAGGUUUUACGUACCUCAUUGUAAUAAAUGAAGAUCGCAAAGUACCCAAUGGCCUCGUCCUUUGUCAUCUACCAGAUGGCCCAACUGCACACUUUAAAGUCAGCAGUGUUCGUCUUCGAAAGGAAAUGAAGAGACGUGGCAAAGAUCCAACAAAACACACUCCUGAAGUCAUCCUGAACAACUUCACUACACGCCUUGGUCACAGCAUUGGUCGCAUGUUUGCUGCCCUUUUCCCUCAUGACCCAGAGUUUGUUGGGCGGCAGGUCGCCACCUUCCACAACCAGCGUGAUUUUAUUUUUUUCAGAUUCCAUCGGUACAUUUUUAAAAAUGAGAAGAGAGUGGGAAUUCAAGAACUGGGACCACGAUUUACUCUUAAACUACGAUCGUUACAGAAAGGUACCUUUGAUUCGAAGUUUGGAGAGUACGAAUGGGUUCACAAGCGCCAUGAGAUGGACACGAGCAGAAGAAAAUUCCACCUUUAAAGGAAAAAAGUGUUUUCAGGACUUUCACAAGAAAUCCAGCCUGUGCCAUAAUUUGGGA